AUGCCAAGAUCAUCUUCAAGAAGACCUGCUCCAGCUGCUAGAUCUGCCCCUUCUGGUGCCAGACCAGCAUCCACUAUGGCUGCACCAGCUCCUACGCACUCUUACAGCCAUCCGGUGCAGACCCAACAACAGCCAGGUCUGUUUUCGCAAAUGGCCUCGACUGCUGCUGGUGUCGCGGUCGGCUCCGCAGUGGGUCACACUAUAGGUGCAGGUAUAACAGGUCUGUUCUCCGGAUCAUCUUCGCAGCCUGCUGAGUACCAACAGCAGCAAGUCCCGGCUGCUUCAGCUCAACAAUACCAACAACAAUCCACUCCUGCCUGUGAUGCGGAUGCUAGAAACUUUACUAGAUGUUUGGAGGAAUCGAAUGGCAACUAUCAGGCUUGCGACUUCUACUUGCAGCAGCUAAAGGCUUGUCAGGCCGCUGCUAGACAAUAUUAA